UCGAGGUCGGAAUGGGCUCUGCAGUGCUCACUGGCUGGGAGAGCGUCGGGCUCCCUUUGGACGAAGCAUGGAUCGUCUCCCUCGAGCAGAAGCUCUCCGAGACAGACUGGGAGCCAUGGCUCACAGACCCCGCCUCCAUCUUCCGAGUCCCCCACCACAUCCGCGACGACGACGCCAAGCUCUACGACCCCAAGGUCGUCUCCCUCGGCCCCUAUCACCGCGACGCCGACCGCCUCCUCCCCAUGAACCGUCUCAAGUGGCACAGCCUCAAGAAGUUCCUCGGCCGCAGCACCUGCUACGCCCUCUUCGACUACCUUCGCCUCAUCAAGGUCUCCGAGCGCCGCGCCCGCGCUGCCUACGCCGACGACCUUGCCUCCAUCUCUAGCAACGACUUCGCCCAGAUGAUGCUCCUCGACGGUUGCUUCGUCGUCGAGACCAUCCUCCUCUGGAAGAUCGGCGUCGGCUGCCGGCUCGAGGCCGCGCAGAACCCCAUCGCGAGCACGUCUUGGAGUCUCCCCGUGGUGGCGCGCGACAUGCUGAUGCUGGAGAACCAGAUCCCCUUCUUCCUCCUCCAGCUCCUCUUCGAUUACGCCUUCCCUCGCCAGCUCGAUUUCGCCGAGUGCGCCGUAGAGUUCUUCGCCGCGUUCGCCGACAUGGAGCUGGAGUUGCCUCCCGACGGCGCCAGAAAAGGUAGCUUUUGCCAUCUCCUCCACCUCUUCCACUCCUGCAUCAACCCGAGGAAGGACGCCGGCGAAGCAAAGUCGAGGACGAAGCUUUUCUCGCAAGCUAACAAGUCGCGGACGACCCGGGUGAAGUCAAUCCCCAGCGCAACGCGUCUGAGCAAGUCCGGCGUCAAGUUCACUAGGAAGCGGACCAGGAACAUGCUCGACAUCACGUUCCACAACGGCAAGAUGCAGAUCCCGCAGCUGGCCGUCAACGGCCACUUCGACACUCUGUUCCGGAACCUGAUCGCGUUCGAGCAGGGUUACAAGUGCGUGAGCCGGUACGUGACGAGCUACGCGUCGCUGAUGGACUGCAUCAUCGACACGCCGGAGGACGUGACGCUGUUGCAGAAGGGCGAGAUCAUCGUCAACGGGCUUGGGAACAACCAGGACGUGGCGGCGCUGUUCAACAAGCUCUGUUCCGGGGCGGCGAUCGAUGACGGCAAAGGGAAUCUGGCCUCUGUCUUCGAGGAUGCGAACAGGCACUACAAGAGGAACUGUAAUCAUUGCAUGUCGAUCUUGAGGCGCGACUACUUCGGGAAUCCGUGGUCAGUGAUCGCGUUGAUGGCGGCGAUUUUGCUCUUCAUUCUCACGUCGAUGCAGCGGUGUACACGGUGCUGGCCUACUAUAAAUAGCGUAGACACCACCUACGCACGGCUGCCCCAAAAGCUCCGCCACCCUGCCCACCCCACCCACCUCCUCACCCUCCGCUUCCUCCCCAACUACGCCAGCAGCAGAUUCCUUUGCGACGCCUGCGGCCACGACGGCGACUCGUUCUGCUACAGCUGCUCCCAAUGCGAUUUCGACCUCCACCUCCCCUGCACCGCUGCCCUCGGAAGCUCCGCCAUAAGUCCCACCCCCACCCUCUCGACCUCGUCACCGACAACAAGGGGUGAAGUCGACGCCGCAUCUCAGUGGUUCUAUCUCUGCAGAGCCUAUGACUUCGGUGGCCAUAUCGUCUGCUUCGUGUCCGACGACGUCCACGCGCCGAAUAAGAUUGCCAAAGGAUCACAAACAGAGCAUGUGAAUAUGGGGCAGCAACUGUUGGAUCUCCAGCUGCAAGUGCAGGCGAGCAUGAUGACCGCCGACAUCAUGGUACAAGGAGCCAGAGCCGUGGCCAAUCUAGCUCUAGACUCGGGACCUUAUCAGUGCAGCUACUACGACUCUGGGCCACUUCCGAGCCAAUACGCUGCCAUGGCCAACUCCAUGGUCAUGAACAAUUUGGCUUUGUUAUCCAUCAACAACACUACAAAUUCUAGAGCUGCAACAGAACCCCAGUCAUAA